UAGCAAAAUAAUUGGGCCCAUUCUACCUUCUCUAAAAACCCGUUGGCCCAUUUCCGAUCACAAAAACCCUAGAAUUGGCUAGAUCGUCAUUCUAUUCCGCGCAGCUCUUCAGUCAUCACAAAUUCAUCCUAAUCACAGAAAAGUAUGUCGAUCGGAGAACUUGCUUGCACUUACGCUACCUUGAUCCUCUCUGACGAUGGCAUCCCUAUCACGGCGGAGAAGAUUGCUACCAUCUUGAAAGCAGCCAAUGUUGAAUGCGAGUCGUACUGGCCAAGCUUGUUUGCCAAGCUUGCAGAGAAGAAAAACAUUGAGGAUCUCAUUGUUAACGUUGGCGCUGGUGGCGGCGGUGGUGCUCCAGCGGUUGCUGCCCCUGCUGCUGGUGGAGCUGCAGCGGCUGCCGCCCCUCCUCCAGAGGAAAAGAAGGAAGAGCCCAAGGAAGAGAGUGAUGACGAUAUGGGAUUCAGUUUGUUCGAUUAAAAGCUAUCUUUUAGUAAAUUUUAGUUACUUAAUGGUUGCAAUAGUUUGAGCAGUGCGUCUAUUAGUAUCCUCGUGAUUCUUUUGUGGUCUAUAUACACGAGGAUUGAGUUAUGGUGUAUGGGAUUAUUUUUGCGGCGUAUUACGCUCGUUACUGGAUUAUUGUGGCCUAGUUGCCAUAUUAUGUGAUGUCUUGUGUGAUCUUUAUUUGUUAUAAUAUGGGUAUGGCUUAUCGCUAUGGUUUUUUAA